AUGGUAAUGUCACCAAGUCGUCAACUGUCAUCACCAGAUUUAGCAAACCAUCCAAUAAACAUGCAUUUGAGUCAGUUGCAACAUUCACAGCUUCAACUUGCGUCUCAAAUGCACCAAAAAUUAGCGACAGGACUGACACCAAAUCAUAUGGGAAGUGGAUUUUUUAAAAGUCCAUCAUCGUCACCAAAUAGUAAUAAUCAAAAUACUUCAAAUAAUAUGAACAAUUCAAACAGAUCGCCGGCAUCAUCGCCCACACGAGACUUAUCAUCACAUCCAUUAAAUAGACUGCAGAAUAUGCAGCCAUUCGAUUUUCGUAAGUUAAAUGCGGCGCAUCAAAUGGGACUGAAUCCAUUUACAGCUGCAGGUAUGCAAACACCAAAAUUUAGUCCAGAAGCUUUGCAUCAGUUGCAGCAACAACAUGAAGAGCAAAUGAGAAAAGAGAAAGAAAGACGUAGAAAUUCAUCAGCUUCAGAUUCUUCAAACACAUCAGCUGGAAAUUUGCCGGCAAAUUUUAUGAAUUUAUCAAUGGGUCACUUACCAUUUCCUAUCCCACCAAUGUCACUAGCUAGUUCAUUAAAUCAUUCAUUAGCCGCAUCGCUGGUUGCUCAAUCAUUUCCAAAUUUAUUGGCAUCAGCAAAAGCAGCAGCUAAUGCAAAUGCUCCACAACAUCACACAUCACAAUCAUCGUCAAAGUCUGAUCAUCAUUUACAAUCACCAAAAAAUAAUGAGAGAAUAGAUAUAAGUAGCACAAAUCCAUAUGACUUGGUAAAAUCAAAGAGCUCAGACAUGGAUGUGUUAAAUUUAAGUCGUGGCAGCAACAAUAAUAAUAAGUUUUCAUCAAAACAUACAGAAUUGUCAUCACAUUCACCGCCGUUAAAUUCAACAUCAAUGUCAUCUCAGCAGCAACAUCAUCAUCACAAGUCACAGUCACCGCCAAAGCGACAAUGGGGAACAAUACCACCAAAUUUGGGCAUUCAAUUUAUUAAUCCCAGUACUGGAAAGAAGCGUGUUCAAUGUAAUGUUUGCCUUAAAACAUUUUGCGAUAAGGGUGCAUUGAAAAUUCACUUUUCUGCUGUGCAUUUACGUGAGAUGCAUAAAUGUACGGUUGAAGGUUGCAAUAUGAUGUUCAGUUCCCGACGUUCACGCAAUCGACAUAGCGCAAAUCCAAAUCCAAAGCUUCAUUCACCUCAUUUGAGACGUAAAAUAUCACCGCAUGAUGGACGAAGUGCUCAACCACAUCCAAUGCUUUUACCACCUCCUGGUUCACUUCCAAUGCAUCCAUUCAAUCCAUUUCCACUUCUUCCACCAGGUGAUUUACGUCAUCAGCAGCUGGCUGGUUUAGAUUUUAAGCAAAACCUUGAAGUCUUGAGAAUGAAAGAGCAUGAACAUCAGAGAAGACAGCAUGAAAGUCGUCGUGAUAAUUUUGAGGAACAAAAGAGCAUCGAAGCACUCCACAGGUUGUCAAGGGCUGAUAGUAAUGACAAUAAUAGCAACAGCGAUGAUGAAAUUGAAGAUGAUGAUGAUGACAUUAAUAUUGACAAUGGAAUUAGUUCCGACUCGGAUGAUGUAAAACCUAACAUGAACUUUAUGCACUCCCCAAUUGAUUCCGAAUCUUACGGAACUAAUCGAGCUGAUGAUGAUCAACCUCAAGAUUUUAGUCUCAAAAUGAGUAACAAUAAAUCCCCAUUACAUGAUGACAUGAUAAAUGGUGCUAACAAUGAAAGCAGUAAUGAGGAAUCGACCUCAACUGAUCCACCAAAGGACGAGCAAUUAAUUGCUUUAGCAAGUCAAUAUCAUUCGAACAAGCGUAAACGUAAAAAUCAAAAUCCAACAAAAUGUUCAAUGUCACCGUCAACUGCUGUGAAUAUGAUGAUGAUGAUGAUGGAAAAUGAUGAGCAUUUAUCAAGUGAUGAAAUGACGAAAAUUAAAAAAGAGCCAAAUUAUGAUUGUGGUGAUGGAGUUGUGUCUCCACAAAAUAAGAAAAUUAAAAUCCAUAAUGGAAUUGAUGGUGCUGAUAGAAGUAAUAAAAAUGACAAUCAUAAUGUCAUAAAAUUAAAAAAGGAACCAAUUGAAUGUAAGCAGGAAGAGGAUGAUGGAAAUUCUGAUGCUGAAAAUGGAAAGUCUCAGGAAGAAGAUGAGAAUGGUACUUUAAAUUUGUCAAUAAAGAAUCGAGCAAAUGGUAGAAGUGAUCAGUCACGAUCAUCAAAUGAUUUCUCGAGUAUGAACAACGAUAAGCUUGAUAGCAAGUUUGAGAAUUUCCAUCAAACAAGCACAACACUAAGACAACUCGAGCAAAUGUCACAAAAUGCAGGUGCUUUCAAUUCUUUUAUGAAUGGCAAUAAUAUCCUCGGUCCGCAAUUCCCACCACUUAAUUUUCUCAUUAAUAACACACCGCCAAGUCCAGUCAGAUCACGAUCACGUACCCCAACACCUGAUCGUGAACGAGACAAUGAAGAAAAUCGAUCGCCAUGUUGUGAGCAUGGAAUAAUAAUUGAAGAUCAUAAUGGAACAAAAAAGUGUUCAGCAUGUGGCUCAAAAUCGCAACUUUCAAACGAGCAAAUGUCAUUUGUCUGUAACAUUGACGGAUGUAAUGCAAAAUUCCCAAAUAAAAGAUCACGAGAUCGUCAUAGUUCGAAUUUAAAUCUUCAUCGAAAGCUUUUAUCGACAAGUGAUCGAGCAUCACCAAACACUCAACUUAAUCCACAUCAUCAUGCAGCCGUAGCAAUGGCUGCUGCAAAUUUUGACCCUAAAACAUUUGCCGCCUUUCAAAAUCCAUUACAGGCGGAAUUACUAGCAAGACUAUAUGGCGAUCCGAGAAACUUUUCAAUGAAACUUGAAGCAUUAAAAAGUCAAUUGCCAAUGGUUAACCAACACAAUUAUCAAGAAGCACUUUUUAAUGGACCACAUCAGAAACUUCAACAGUCGGCUGCGGUUAAUAAUCCAUUUUUGUUUCCCCAUUUAGCCGGACUGCCAGGCUUUGCAUUUGCAUCACAUUUAUUGCCACCGCAACUGAAUAAUUUGACAGCUUCAUCUGCUGCUACAUCGCUCAAUAAUCGUCUUACACCGCGCUCAGAUUCACCAUCAUCUCCACCGUCAUCUGCAAAUAUGAAUAUGCCUUCACCACAAUCUCAACAUGAUGAAGAUUUUAGACGUUCCGAAUCGUGA